AUGGUCGACCUCGUCGCCACAGGGUCGUCUUCGUCGUCUCCUCCCUCAUCACCGUCGCCGCCAAGACCUCAUAUCGUCACUCCGCUCAUCGCCGACUGCUCACCUCCGCGAGCGAGACGCACGCUGCGCCGACCUCCAUCGCCGCCUCCGCCUCCGCCUCCUCCACCUUCCACUGUUGAGCCACCGUCUCUACCAUCAAGGAUGAUCGACAUCAAUGCCUCGCCACCAUCAUCGCCACCAUCAUCGCCACCAACAGUUUCAAGCCCUAAGUUGGGCAGUGAGGUAAAUCCUAUUUCAAGCCCUAAUGAACUGAUUGAGGGCGUAACGACCUCCGAUUCUUCUGAGGAUGAGCUUUUUAUUCCACCAUGCUCUCCCUCCACUGUGUUGAGUCCACCAAAAAUGUACUUUCUUACAUGGUAUGAUCACCCCUGCACACAAAUGCCCACUGUUUUGGCCGAUCCCAUUCCCCACACUGUUGAGGAUGAAUCGGUUGGGCUUGAGGACAUUGAAUUGAAUGAUAGGGAAGAGAACAUUAGUACAUAA